UAUAAUUUCUGUCCGACUGUCAUUUAACAACGAAACGAACACAGCACAUACACGCGACGUGCUCAUAUAUGUAAAAGAAUUGCAUAAUUAUAUCUAGCGAUAUCAAUUUUAUUUAUGCUCUUGUUUGCAAGUUGUAAUACUCCAGUGAUGAGAAUCAUUUAAAUUGACGACGUCUAAUAAUAGUCUCGUCAAAACGGUCAUAUCUGGCCAAGGAAAUAUCUUCGUUUUAUCACUUGUAUAUAAAAAUAAGUACCCGCUGAAACAAUUCAGUCCUAAUCGCGUUUUCGUGUCGUGUGUCUAAUCAGGAUGGAGACUCUACUAGAAAGGGUUCGGGGCCACACAAGGGCCUCUAGCGGGUCACGUGAAUUCAGGGAAGCCACGAAGAGGGACGCGCUUAAUUUGCUGGAGAAGGAGUUAGAAAAACUCCUCUCCACAGCUCCAGAAAAUGACAGAAAUAAAAUUCGAAAAGAGUUCGCCGGAUUUACAGCUUUAUUUGGAAGGUUUCUCGAAGAAACUGGACCUUCUGUUGAUUGGGAUAAAAUUGAGAAGUUGCCUAAUGAUGCUGUUAGAGAUUACAAUACUCUGGAGACGCCAACUACAGAUACUAUACACAAUAUGCUUAAUAAACUGGUAGUUGUUAAACUUAACGGCGGUCUUGGGACUUCUAUGGGAUGCCAUGGGCCUAAAUCGGUGAUAGCGGUGCGGAAUGAUCUCACUUUCCUCGAUUUGACAGUACAGCAGAUAGAGCACCUUAAUAAAACAUACAAGGUCAACGUCCCUUUGAUUUUGAUGAAUUCGUUCAAUACGGACGAAGAUACGGAGAAAGUUAUUAGGAAAUACAAAAAUCUUCAAGUGGAAAUUCAUACGUUUAAUCAGUCCUGUUACCCACGAGUAAAUAGGGAAACUUUAAUGCCUAUUACUAAAAAAGUGGACGUGCAUAACGAUUUGGAAUCGUGGUAUCCGCCAGGUCACGGCGAUUUUUACCAAAGUUUUAGGAAUUCGGGAUUGCUGAAGAAAUUCAUUGAUGACGGAAGGGAAUAUUGUUUCAUUUCGAAUAUCGAUAAUUUAGGAGCCACUGUGGAUUUGAAUAUCCUGAACUUGCUGUUGAAUCCAAAGGAUAAAAUUCAACACGAGUUUGUGAUGGAAGUUACAGACAAAACCAGGGCUGAUGUUAAGGGUGGUACUUUAAUCCAAUAUCAAAACAAACUCCGACUUCUUGAGAUCGCACAAGUCCCAAAAGAGCACGUUGAUGACUUCAAAUCAGUUAAAACGUUCAAAUUCUUCAACACAAAUAAUCUUUGGGCUAAGCUUGACGCUAUUGAACGAGUUCUCACCGAAGGGUCCCUCAGUUUGGAAAUAAUUAUUAACAACAAAACAUUAAACAACGGAUUGAAUGUCAUCCAGUUAGAAACCGCUGUUGGUGCAGCCAUGAAAUCGUUCGAAGGAGGUAUUGGAAUCAAUGUACCUCGCAGUCGAUUCUUGCCAGUGAAGAAAACAUCGGAUCUCCUUUUGGUUAUGAGCAAUCUUUAUAGUUUAAAGAACGGAUCGCUAGUUAUGUCGCCGCAGAGAAUGUUCCCCACUACUCCUUUGGUUAAAUUAGGGGACAACCAUUUCGCUAUAGUUAAAGACUUUCUAGGAAGAUUCGCGAAUAUACCGGAUUUAAUUGAGUUAGAUCACUUGACCGUUUCUGGUGAUGUUACGUUCGGUAGGGGAGUUUCAUUGAAGGGUACUGUAAUUAUAAUAGCAAAUCAUGGAGACAGAAUUGAUAUUCCUUCAGGUGCCAAUUUAGAAAAUAAAAUAGUUUCCGGAAAUAUGCGUAUUUUAGACCACUAGUGUUUGUUAUGUGUGUACAUUUUUUCUUUAGUUUUAAACGUGUAGAUAUUUUUUGUAUACUUAUAUAAAAUUUUACUUCAUUUGUAGUAAAAUUGUUUUCUAUUUAUUAAAAAAAAAUGAAUGUGCAAUUCUAGCAUAAAUAUACAUAUUUUUUGUCAUG